AUGAGUGAAAAUGCAAUCAAUGGUAUUGAGACCCCUCUUUGGAGAAGUGGACCACCAGAGAAGCCCGUUUUAUGCAAUGCUUGUGGAUCAAGGUGGAGAACAAGGGGAACACUUGAAGAUUAUAUUCCAAAACAUGCAAUUAAAGACCCUGAGAACGAUCAUUCAGGUAAAUUGCCCUCAAAGCUAAACCAAAUUAGCUCUUCCUCAUGUCAUAGCCAUGAACAACCUCCAAUUCUUGAGUCAAAUAUUGCUGGACAAGAACUACUUUUACCUGUUCUUGGAGAUGGUACGGGCAAUGGAGAAAGUACACCUAUUGGAGCAACAUUAUCUGACAACUUUACUCGAGUGCAAACUAUAGAAGAAGCAGUCGAAUUCCCGCUCUGGGAUGGCAACAACGUGUUUAAGAGGAAGAGAUCAAUCCUUGACCAGCAUAUCAUGUCUCCUACUGAAAUGCUUCACCAGCAACUUUACUAUGCUUUGCAAGAUUCACAGGCUGCUGCUGGAGACUACUGCAAUGGUGAAGAAGUACUGAUUUUCGAGCGCAUUAACCAUUACAUACCAGAAAAUGAGAUAGGUCUUGGAUGCAUAUCGCUCAAGCCACCUGCUUCUCCUACCAAGAAUUUCAAACCGCAGUCUUAA